GCAGUUCACGAGAGUCUGUUAAACCUGUCGCACAUAUCCCCCCUUUCCGCCGCGCCGAACGCACAUGAUGAGAUAACGAGACCAACUAAGUUAGAUGGCUUUGAGAGGUGUUUGGCAACUACAAAAGAUGAUUGUGAGCUAUUCUGAUUGGGGUGGAAGUAGCAGGGGCAUCAGGGCAUUAAUGGACUCACAUCUACCGGCAUUUAGAGAGAAAAAUCCUCGGUUAGAAGUUGUCACUGAACUCAUUCGUGGUCAGCAUCCGCAUUUGAAAGGCUUUUACCGGAACAAAAAUGAGCGGGUGAUAUGUGUGAAGAAUAUGGAUCCGGAAGACAUCCUUCUACAUGCAACCCGGUUAAGGAAUGCAUUGGGAAGAAAGGCAGUGAAAUUGAAGACAAGACACGUAACCAAACACCCUAGUGUUCAGGGUACAUGGACAACGGUCGUCAAAUUACUUGGCUUCCUAUUAAUACGGUCACAUAAUAUGUAACUCGAGCUCAGGUGU